GCAAAUGAAAUGGUGAGUUACACAAAAGGAAAUCAUCCUGUCUGCUGAAAUUUCAUAUUCCUAAUUUUAUUACAGUUGCACCAGUUCAUAACUUUACUGUUGGAAAACAAAAGGAGAAAAUAAUCAAAUAUAACAAUCCAUGUUUUUAAAUUGUCAAUUAAAAGUACUUUGUCAUCACUAUUAGUGUAUCCCUCUGAAUCUAGUGCUAAAUGGUUUUGUAUUUUCAGCAAAUUCCCUUCAGCGAUUGACUGCGUCUCUGGCAGCUCUAUUGUCCCUCAGUGCUGUGAUCCCCUGGCGCCUGAACACAACAGAAACACAUCUGUCUAUGGUAGUGCAAGAGCUGUCUGUCCUGGUAUAACUGAGCCUCAAAGUAUUUAAUUCAACAAAGUAGGUGAAGAAUACAUAAAGGUAGGUUUUGAGUGUAUGUACAUAGCUUUAUUGUUAUAUAUUUGGAAAAUUUACUAGAAGUGGUAUUAGGGUGAUUAUGUGGUACACGUACUUAUGUGCAUACUUCAUUGAGUUUUUUUUUUUUUAAACUGUUGUAAAAAGUAGCUAAGAUAUUUAUAAAGAGAAAUGUUUCUAUCUAGUUUGCUAAUGUCUAAGUCAUGUUUUAAAUAUUCAGUACUCCUAGAUAAUAAUCAAGAGUAUUAAACAUUUUGUAAGUGAAAUCACUUUAAGGGCCACUAUUUGCCCUAUUUGCCUACAGCAAAAUAAAACAAAUUAAUUUAUAUAAAUGUAAGCUGAUACAUUAAAUCUUUCAUCAUAUCACCUAUAGGUGCACAAUGUACAGCUUUAUGGGAGGUGGAUUGUUCUGUGCUGGAGUUGGAAAUAUACUGCUGGUGGUCUCCACAGCCACAGAUUACUGGAUGCAGUAUCGCCAGGCCAGCGGUUACAUGCACCAGGGCCUGUGGCGCUACUGCAUGCCUGGGAAAUGCAUGAUACACUCUGACAGCAUUGCUUACUGGGAUGCCACCCGUGCAUUCAUGAUCCUGGCCAUCUUGGCAUGCUUCUUUGGCCUGCUUAUAGGCAUCAUGGCUUUCAUUAACUACACUUCUUUUGGCGGCUUCGACAAAACAUUUGCUGCCGGAAUUCUGUAUUUCAUUUCAUGCUUUUUUGUGCUUCUGGCAAUGGCUGUAUACACUGGGGUGACUGUGAACUACUAUGGGAAGCGAUAUGGUAACUGGAGAUUCUCCUGGUCAUAUAUAAUGGGCUGGGUGUCAGUAGUGCUUACAUUCUUUUCAGGUAUAGUAUAUUUUAUAAACAUUCUAUAUAAAUUUGAACAGAUACAAUACAAUGCCUGGUUUAUCUAUAAAGUAGUUACUGGAGACUCAUCUUGUCCCUUUUUUGUAGGUAUAUUCUACAUGUGUGCUUAUCGGAUGCAUGCACCGAUAGGCCCCAUGUCACGCUGA